AUGGUUCAGAUCAGCGAAGUGAAGGGCAACGCCCGCGAUAGUCGAACCGCUACACACACACACAUCAAAGGUCUCGGUCUUCGGCCCGAUGGACUUGCUGAGAGACAGGCUGCUGGCUUUGUGGGCCAAACUGCAGCACGGGAGGCUUGUGGAGUGGUUGUCGACCUCAUCCGAGCGCAAAAGAUGGCUGGCAGAGCCAUAUUACUUGCUGGAGGACCUGGUACCGGAAAGACAGCCCUCGCUCUGGCCAUCAGCCAAGAACUCGGCACAAAAGUGCCUUUCUGUCCCAUCACAGGCAGCGAAAUAUACUCUGCAGAAGUCAAGAAGACGGAGGCGCUGAUGGAGAACUUUCGGAGAGCUAUUGGCUUGAAAGUCCGGGAAACCAAGGAGGUCUAUGAGGGCGAGGUUACAGAGUUGACACCAGAAGAAGCCGAGAACCCGCUGGGUAGCUACGGCAAGACGAUCAGCACAUUGCUCAUUGGCCUCAAGAGCGCGAAAGGCCAAAAGAAGCUACGAUUAGACCCAAGCAUCUACGAGGCCAUCCAGAAGGAGAGAGUCACUGUGGGAGAUGUCAUCUACAUUGAAGCAAACACUGGGGCUUGCAAGCGCGUUGGCAGAUCUGAUGCAUAUGCGACGGAAUUCGAUUUGGAGGCGGAAGAAUAUGUACCCAUCCCCAAAGGAGAAGUGCACAAGAAGAAGGAGAUCGUGCAGGAUGUCACAUUGCACGAUCUUGACAUUGCUAAUUCUAGACCACAAGGCGGGCAAGAUAUCAUGAGUAUGAUGGGUCAGCUGAUGAAGCCAAAGAUGACCGAGAUAACGGAAAAAUUGCGGGCAGAGAUCAACAAGGUCGUCAGCAAGUAUAUCGACCAGGGGGUUGCAGAGCUAGUGCCCGGUGUUCUGUUCAUUGACGAGGUUCACAUGCUUGAUAUUGAAUGCUUCACCUACUUGAACCGCGCCCUGGAGUCGGCCAUCUCACCAAUUGUCAUCCUUGCUUCAAACAGAGGCAUGUGCACGAUCCGCGGUACCGAAGACCUGGUAUCUGCACAUGGAAUCCCCCCGGAUCUUUUGGCCCGUCUCCUCAUUAUCCCAACAAAGGCUUACGAACCGGAGGAGAUCAAGAGAAUCCUACGAAUCCGAGUGACUGUUGAAGGCCUGUCGAUUACCGAAGCUGCCCUGGACAAGAUCGCAGACCACGGCUCGCGGAUCAGCUUGAGAUAUGCAUUGCAGCUCCUCACGCCAUCCAGCAUCCUAGCGCGAGUCAGCGGUCGCAAUCAGAUUGAUGUCAUGGAUGUGGGGGAGUGCGAGGAUUUAUUCAUUGACGCUCGGCGGAGUGCAGCGAUCGUGAACGGCGCCACAGGCAAUGGGUUUAUCUCGUAG